AUGGGCUGGAGAAAGAGUGUAAAUGACAACCCAAGUGUGCACAGUCCAUCCGGUGCUGUUGGCUGUGUGGGUUUGGGUGGGUUUGCCUUGGAUGCAGGGAAGGGGGUGGAGGAGGUUCUAAGAGGGCUCAGACUGGGUCGCCAUGGCACCGAUGAGGUCCACAAUGGGCUUAGAAUCAUAGCGCUGCCGCAGGUCUCGGGGCUGGUAGUAGCGCUGCCUGCAAACCAGCACCAAGGCUGCAAACGAAGCCAGAAAGAUGGUGGCCAGCACACCUCUGGCAACUAUCACCACUGUCUCCAUGCUUCCGGGGAGCUCCUGACUCAGUCCCGUUCACAUCCUCCUCAUGGGCUAAGGCUGCUGGAAGUGGCAAACUGGGGGAAGAGGAUGGCAGGAGCUAGGUUCCUCCACGACACCUCCAGAGACCUGAGGGCCUCAAGCUGCAGCUCCGGGGCACAUCCCGCUGCGCUCCCACGACGGCCCCGCCGAUGGCAAAGUCAGCGGUUGAGUUGCUUUUGCCUCUGGGCAUUCCUGUGUUCAACUGGGGCUUUUGCCAAAAAAGCCAGAACGCCCUUAAUCUCCUCUUUCCUCAUGAAACUCACAGCUUUGGUUCGUCACAGAUCUUGCAGAUCUUGGCGGUGCUCUCCUACUCCCCAGUUUUGUCUCAGCACCAUAUGGCUUUUGACAAAGUCAGGCCACAGCUUCAACCUAAACAGCUUAACAUUAUCGAAAGCCCAGCCCACUGAGGAAAUAACAGUUCUCGUUUAUUUCUGCAAGCCUGAUGAAUGUCUAACUUCAAGGGAAAAAGAGAAGAGCAAAAUGUAAGGAGCUGAAUAUCUCCCCCCGCCCACAUCAAAUUUCACUCCACCCUGUAAGACCUGGAGAACCAGAAGCAAGUUUCAAACCUUUCCACUAAGAUCCACAGCAAACUGUGACUCCUGAAUGAAGAUGAUUCUAAUGGUGGCAAGAAACCAAGAAGGCCAGAUGCUUCAUUUUCUGGUCUUCUAAGAAGAGACAAAUGAUGUAUCCAUCCAGUGUAUAAUUUCAUGAACUAGCAGAACACUCGGCCUUGUGUAAACACUCGGUUCCAAAACCCAGAAGCAAAUAAACCCAGUAGAGAAAACCAGCUUUAUUUUUUAAAUCCUCCGAUGAAUUUGAGGUUGGGAAAGGAAAACACACCAUAAGAGUGACUGCUAUUGUUCUGGAUCAUGAUUUAUCUUCAGUCAGCUUGUGAAAAUUAACUAGGCUACUUUCCUGAAGAGCUGAGGAGUGGAUCUGAGUUAUAUAAGCUGCUCAUCUAACAGCAUAGAAACUGAUACACAAAGGAGUUAGCUUUCUUGAGGUCACCUUUAAAAGCUCAGACCUCAAGAAAUCUGCACGUCAUUCAGCUCAGGCCAUGCCUUCUCCCUGCUGGGAAACCUGCUGUGGUUCACUUCCCUCUUGGACUUCGUUGGCCAGACG